AGUACAAUAAUAUUCUAUAGAGGUAAUGGGUGCUGAAUUGUUAUGCGCAUUUAAUUCUCUUGCACAUGAUUAUUUUUUAGUAGUGAUAAACAGCAUCCUAUAUGUUAGGAAAGCAUUUUUACCUCAACUGAUUUUUAAUAUAAAAAUUGUGUCUAUAAAAUUAUGUAUGAUCAAAAUUAAGACCUUUAUAAUAAUAUGUUGAAUAUAAAUGUUGCACUCAAAAAAAUGUUUUGAAUUUCUGUUAAACAGAGCUUCUGCAGUUAAUCAACAUCACUUUUACUUCUUAUAUGAAUACAAUUUUAACAGUGUGUCAAAUGGUCACAAGAUAAAUUUGAGGGUGUUGCUUAGAAGGGUUUUUACAUCACAGGUACAUUUAUAAAUUUUCUCGUAUUUUGUUCUUGCAGGUGCUUUGACUGAUUAAGCUGCCAUCAGUACCAAUGUAUUGUAUCAAAAUGGAAGAGAAUACCAUGUGAAAAUGUGUGGUGCAGCGUGUAAGGCAUUGGACUUUCAAUUGGAAGGUUGGGGUUCGAGACCAAUGCUCGUCACAUUGCUUCUAUCCUUGGGCAAGACACUUUAUCUGCAUUUUUAUCUCUUCACCCAAGAGUAUAAAUGGGUACCUGGUAGGAGGUGAAUGAUUCGGAAUGAAAUUAGCAGUCCGGAUUAUACGCUGUAUCAGUAAUGUGUCGAGAGUUAAGGAAAUGCAAUAAUGUAUCAGGAGACAAAAGUAAAAUAGUCGCAAAUAUACUUUAAUAUAAAAACAAUGUUGAAGAGUACACUGAUUAGGACUGAUGUAAUUGUCUCUAAAAUCAAUACCCGAACGGAUUGCCUAACUAAACACAGGUACAUAUAUACAUAGGGACAGGAAACAGGGAUUGAUGACUCAUUUAAUUAGUAAUGCCGGGUCAUUAUAAUUUUGGAACACAUGCUUUACUGUAGUGGUGGCAUCUUCCUGGAGGAGUAGUAGGAAAAUACCACCUCAGGAAUGUACAUACAGUUAGUCACAGAUUGCAGCACUACUACAGGUAUGCUCUGGGGAACUAGAGGGGUGAACGCCUUAGGUGCCAUGCAACUAUAGGGUACUAUGUUACAAUAUUCCUGGGUGAAAAGAUUCAUAUGUAAAAUAAAGUGUCUUGCUGAGGACACAAGCAUGCAGUCUGACUUUCGCUUGAAAUUCCAAAACUUUACCGCUGCGCCAACAUGCCUCCUGUUGUGGUGCCUCCUGAUAUUUGUACUUUUCAAAUCUUGAGAUCCAAAAUAUGCCACAUCAAUGCUCAUGUUUUGAGAGGGAUCUCAACCUGGUAACCGAAUGUUCAUGUUCCCACUCGGAUGCAAGUCAAUAAAGAGGGCUUGGAAGUUAAGGAAGAUGAGCAGCAAACGGUGACUCGUUUAUAGACUUGAUGAAUGACAAAGGUAGGAGUGGUGAUAAUGUGGAAUUGUUUCGGAAUCGUAGUGACUUUGUCUUAGAUGAUGAGCAUGUGGUGAGUCUAGGAGCUGUCAAAAUCAAGAACAGGCAUAUGUAUUGAAGAUUGAAAUAUCACAUAGGAUAAAAGUUGAUGAACAUGGUAAAGAAGAACCUCUUGAACCAAGCAUCUGCAUGGAGGUAUUAAGUUAUCUUCAACAGCAAUUGAACACUCUGUAUGUUACUACAGAAGGUGUCGGCUACGAGUUACGCAUCCUUUGCAAAUAGUGUGAACCUACGCUGCGACCACUGCAUAGACUUAAGGAAUGUUUGAAGGAAGCUAAUGUGCCAUGUGGAAAAACAAAGUUAGUUGCAACAGCUUGUAUCAAAUGACUCUUUUCAGCAGGUUUUGAUGAUAACUCUGCUCAAGAAACCCUGAAUUUUCUGGCACUUCAGACAUUGAUUGUGGGUCGUGGAACCAAAGAACUACGGAGGUACUUUCUAGACAAAACUCACCUUACAGAACCAGAAGUUAAACCAUUUUUGACAAGGGAGAGGUGUGUAUUACUAAAGGAUGUUGAUUUUGGAGAUGAGGCAACAACAGUUUUGUCAUCAACCAGCAAUAUUGUUGCAUUCCACAUGGAAAUCAUGAUGAAGUUAAUUCGCUACUGUUGUCACAAUACCAACACAGAAGACGUCUGGCAGAACCCUCCGGUUGAUGACAAUUCUGAGCUGGCAAAUCUUGUCCGCAUUUAUCAAUAUAAAAAAACUGUUCUAGACUGCAGUUACAGCAACAGUGUCACAAAAAAGGAGUUUGAUAAGCAAUGGAAGGAACUCACAGCAAUUUUUACAGGUGUUGGAGUUCCUGUUGAAGACAUUGAGAAUUACCGGGACCCAUGGCAUUACAAGGAUGGAGCCUUGGAAGAAAUAGGUAUUGGGCACACUGUCAUUGAAGAAAUCAAGAAUUUCCAGGCUGUGUUAUCGGCUGUUGUUGAUGUUGGAACUGCAACCAUGAGAAAUUACAUAUUGGAGGUUAAAAAAAUUAACAAAAACGAGGUUGGGAAUUAUCUUCUCUCCGAGAAGAGAAAGGGUAGCUUUAAUAAAGUAAUGAAAAAUAUCAGUAAAGAGCAGAAGUCAAAAAUGUUUACAGCAUCUGCUGACAUUGAUACAUUUGAUAUCUCCAUCAUGUAUUUAAUCAUUCGUAACUGCUGCAUUACCAUUCCAGAGUCAUUUUGGAAAGAACCAUUUAGAUUGCCUAACUUGGUGCAAAUCCACGACUAUAGGAACGCAAAGCUGGCGCAUUCCCCCGACAGUAGAAUGUCAAAUAAAGAAUUUUAAAUUGAAUGGAAGAAAGUGAGAUCGAUGUUGCAUGCUGCAGGUGCUUCUUUAACUGACAUCGACAAAUAUAAGGCACUAAGAUUCAUCAACUAAAUGCAUAAUUCUACAUUGUAUUUAAGUUC